AUGCGGGAGAAGCGCCUCCUGCUUGACUGCGCCGCCCGACAGAUCAUCUGGCCAGAUGAUCUUCCUGCCCUCGCCAAGUUCUCCCCGACGAUCCAGCUCUCUCGUCAAGCCCCGCUCUCGGGUCGGAUCGACCCUAAGAUCCAGGCCGACGCUGAGAGGCGGAACCGCCUGCUCGAGAAAGAGGAGAAACGCUACCGGAUCCUCCACAAGAACUGGCGCCGCUCUGAUCAAGCUCCUCCGGCCUCUGUCCCGACCCGUUACCGACUCCGUCUCCGUCGUUUCAGUCCAAGUCUCCGUCUGCCAAGAAGAGAAGACCCUGAGCAUGUUGCUUGUGUCCGUAGUCGUCUACCGCCCCAGCUCACCCAUCUAGAGGGAUUCUUCUCGAAGAAAGAGGCCCACACCCUACCUUCGAGCCGACCCGGUCACGAUGUAGUCCUAGAGCUUGAGAAGCCUCUUUCGCCGACAGGACCCCCAUCGUACCGCACGCCCGUUAAGUAUCUGCCUCUAGAGAAAGAGACUGUCGAUCACCUCCGGGAGAUAGACUUCAUCGAGCCCGAUCCGAGUCCGCACGCCGCUUCUGUCCUCUUCGCUCCGAAACCGAACACGACCGCCCGCCGCUUCUGCAUCGACUACCGUUGGAUGAACGAUCAUCUUAAAAGUCGCAUCACGCCCGCUCCGUCCCUCGAAGGUACUGCUUUCGGUUGCCGUGAAGCUCAACGCUUCACGAAGAUCGAUGUGAUCCAGGCCUUCCACCGUCUCCGCAUGGACCCUGACUCCGAGUAUUUGACCGCCUUUCGCACCCGUUUCGGAACUUUCCGCUGGAAAGUCCUCCCGUUCGGUCUGAAGGUAGGUCCCGCCUGGUUCCAGCAGUUUAUCAACGCGCAGCUUCACGAUCUCCUCGACCGGUGCGCCAGCGCCUACGCAGAUGACGUCCUGAUCUACUCGGAUAAAGAAGAAGACCACUGGAAAGACUGUCAAGAAGUGAUCUGGCGACUCCAUCAGGCCAACCUCCAGGGAGACAUCAAGAAGUCUAGAUUUAACGUGACCAAGGUUGACUACCUCGGCGUUCUGCUUGAAGCCGGUGUGGGCCUUAGUGUCGACCCUCGGAAAGUUCGAUCGAUACAAGACUGGAAGUUUGAAGACCUCCGAGACCGCACCGCGAUCCGAUCAUUCGUUGGCCUAUGCAACUUCAUCCGUGUUUUCUGCUACCACGCCUCCGGAGUGGCAGAACCCUUGAACCGGUCAGGGUGGCGAUCAAUUCAAUUCCAUCAAUUUGGCCUCACCAUUGAGUUGCGUUGA